AUGGCUGUCGAUGUCUUUGCGGUGCCCGUCUUCCUGGUCGUCUUCCGAGAGACCAUUGAGACCGUCAUUAUUGUCUCCGUCCUGCUCGCCUUCCUGAAGCAGACCCUCGAUGGCCCCAAUGGCGACGUCAAGACUUACAACCGUCUGAGGCGCCAGAUCUGGCUCGGCGUCGGUAUCGGAUUGUUCAUCUGCUUGGUCGCUGCCGCCGCCCUCAUUGGCGUCUUCUACACCGUUGGCACCGACCACUGGGGUCGGAAGGAGUUCUACUACGAGGGCGCCUUCAGCCUCUUCGCCGCCCUCAUCAUCACAGUCAUGGGCGCCGCCCUCCUGCGCAUCGGCAAGAUGCAGAACAAAUGGCGCCUCAAGCUCGCCAAGGCCCUCGAGUCGCCCAUGAAGCUUGGCUCGCAGGGCUGGUUUAAGAACUUCUGUGAGCGCUAUGCCAUGUUCGUCUUGCCCUUCAUCACCGUCCUUCGUGAGGGCAUCGAGGCUGUAGUAUUUGUGGCUGGUGUCUCAUUCUCCGCCUCGGCCAAGGCCAUCCCGCUGCCUACGGUUGUCGGCCUCAUUUGCGGCUGUCUCAUCGGUUACCUCUUGUACAAGGGUGGUUCCACCGCCAAGCUCCAGCUCUUCCUCGUCGCCUCCACUUGCCUCCUGUACCUCGUCGCCGCCGGUCUCUUCUCCCGCUCCGUCUGGUAUUUCGAGAACCAGAAGUGGAACGAGUACGUUGGUGGUGAGGCUGCCGAGUUCGGAGCCGGCGCUGGCUCGUAUGAUAUCGACCAGAGCGUUUGGCACGUCAACUGCUGCUCUCCCAACGUUCCCAACAACGGCGGCUGGGGCAUCUUCAACGCCAUCCUUGGCUGGACCAACUCGGCCACCUACGGCUCUGUCAUCUCGUACAACCUGUACUGGCUCUGCGUCAUGAUUGGCUUCAUCGUUAUGCGAUUCCACGAGGUCCAUGGCCACUAUCCCUUGAUGAAGGCAAAGGCUGCUGCCCCUCCUCCCGCCCAUGCCGACGACAGCAGUGAGAGCCAGGUCGCUGCGCAGACCGACAAGAAUACCACCAACGAGAAGACGACUACGGUUUAA